GAAUCUGAGCCAGUGGCCUAUUUAAUGAUGGGUCAUCAGCUUGGCCCUAUUCAGCCUCCAUCUCCUACACCUUGAAGCAAUGAACUGAAGCUCCAGACAUCAUUUUGACCUACUGGCAUUCCCUGCAAUGGUUCAAAGCCACAAUCCUGGUCCCUCCUCAGAGGCAAAGGGGGAAGAGAGAUCACGGACGUCGGAAGGGAAUGUGCCUUCAAAAACAUUUCUUGCAAACUCCUGCACAGCCCAGAGGUGCCUCUUGUUCCUAGGAUCCUUUGGCUUGCUGAUUGGAACAACCAUUGGGGUUUGGUUUCUGGUGAAACAACUGCAGAAGCCCCUUCCCCUUCAGGGGUCGUUCCCCCUCCAGGACCCAGAGGCUGCUCUAACAAGGUGCAGGGAAACGAUGGAAGAAGGGGAGAAGGACCAAGACACCCUCGCUGGAGACGCCGGGAGCAAAAAAGUAUUUUUCAGAAUAAACAGAAGCAACUUCUUAUUGGAAGUGCAGGCUGAGGGUCAAUCCAACUGGUUUCUGGUAUGCCAUGAAAACUGGGAUGUCUCCCUGGGGAUGCAAAUCUGCAGGUGGUUGGGUCACGCCCGGCUCACCCACCACAAAGGGGUAAACCUAACAGAUGUGAAGCUAAACACCACCCAAGAGUUUGCUCAGAUUUUGCCCAACUGGAAACGAAACAUCAACGAUAAGUGGCAAAGGAGGAGUAGAUGCCCUUCGGGUCGCAUUGUGGCCCUCAAAUGUUCUGAGUGUAUCUCCAAGGCUCCACAGGCAAUGGAGAGAAAGGACCCAUCUCCGGGGCACUGGCCAUGGCAGGUCACCCUUUAUCACGAGGCCAACCAUUUCUGCGCAGGCUCUAUGGUGUCACAGGAAUGGAUCGUCACAGCUGCUCACUGCAUGCACAAGCUUUCCGGCUGGGUGGCCUUUGCUGGGCUUGAAGACCACACCAGUGUCAAAGAGCAGGUGGAAGUGGCAGUGGAGAAGGCGGUUCCCCACCCCAACUACAGCAGCAGGAGCCCCAACUAUGACAUUGCAAUGCUGAAGCUGAAGGAACCUCUGCGUUUCUCAGAUACUGUUGGAGCUGUGUGUUUGCCCCAGUACCAUCAAGACAUCCCUAGUGGAAGCACAUGCUGGAUUUCGGGUCAGGACACCACAAGAUUAGAAAAUGCCACAGGCGACCCUGCUGAGACACUGACGGAAGUGCCAGUGACCCUGCUCAGCACCCAGAAGUGCAACAGCUCAUGUAGGAUGGCAGGGGAGCUCAGCCCUAGAAUGCUCUGUGCCCAUUACUUGGAUGGAAACACUGAGGCCUGCAAGGCCAAGUGGGGAGGACCUCUGGUUUGUCUGCUUGAGCACGUCUGGCGUCUGGUGGGGAUUGGGAGCCAGAGCACCAGGUGCAAGGAGCCUGGACAACCUGGUGUUUAUACAGAAGUGGCAGAGUUCCUGGACUGGAUCCAUCAUGUCAUGGAGAGUUACUAGUCGCCAGUGGGUGAGCACAGAAGAGCCUCUGCAUGCCCCACAUCCAGAGUCCAUCGUCCCACCUUGCAACAGCACAGAAUCCAGAACUCAAACCAGGAAGUUUCUCCUGCCCAUUCAACAUUGCCACUUCUGAGCACAUGAGGCUGAGAACCUGUCAUUGUAGAACGUUCUGUUCCAAGGAUGAAAUCUUACGCAACUGCUCAAUAGCACAUUCUGCUGGGUGAACAAGCACAUAUCUGCCUUGCAAAAACA